AUGGCUAGCCCAGAAUUAGCGGAAAAAUUGAGGAAGCGAUUAGAAGCUGAAGCUCAGGAAGUCGCUCAAAACUCAUCAGCAAAUAUUCCGCCACCUCCGGUUAUUCCAAAAAAGAUUGUUGAAAACCCAUACGUCGCCAAAUCCGACGUCUCCAUCGAUGAUUUGAUAUUCAAAGUAAUUGAGAAAAAAGAAGAAGAAAAGAACAAUAAUAACAAUAGUAGCUCAAAUAAGGCGGUGCCGUUGAGAAUUGAAACUGCUCCAGUUGCCACGAGUCCGGACCCACGAAGUCCGCCUCCAAAAGUGUCAAUUCAAGAAUUGCUCGAGAAAGAGAAACAAAUGGUCGAAGCUGCUCAAAAUGUGUCCGCUGUUACAAAAGCACCUGUUGUCGUGAUUGCGAAAGGCGGUCUGCCUCGAAGCGCCUCGCCACGCCGUCAGCAAUUCGUGAAAAUCGGAGACGAUGGAAGUGAGUUGGAGAAGCGAUUGGCUGCGCAGAGGCUGAAGAAGUACAACGAGGAGCUCGAAAUGAGGAAGCCGAUCGAUCCACUCGAUGAGAUCAUGACGACCGAAUUUCCGGGUCCGGCAAAGGUGAUGCGAAGCAAAGAAUCGAUUGAGGAAGAAGAGAGGAAGCAACAGGAAAUUGAAGACACAAAGGCGUUCGAAGAGCUGGAACGCGAGAUUGAGAAAAUGAGCAAAUCGCCGCCAGUGAUCACCAUCCCACCACCACCCUCGAUUACACCGCCAUUGCCACCGAUCCCUGUUUCGCCAGUGUCUCCUCGUCCGAAGUGUCCACCUCCAGAAUGCCCGAUUGCUGAACCUGAAGAUGAAGAGAUGCCAGAGCCACCACCAGCGCUCAAUGUUCUAGAAGAGAUCAAGGAAGAGGAGGAGAUAGUUGUGAGAUCGGAACGAACUGUUUCAGCUCCUACAUAUCUGCCGGAUGAGCAACAAGCGACGUCUAAUGAGACGCCAGUUUUAACGGCAUCUCCUUCAGCUUCUCCAGCUCAUCCAGUUCCUCAAGCUACUGAACCGGGUACAACUUCUGAAGAAAAAACAGCGCUUAAGAUAAUUCCGGAAAAGGAAGAAGUUCCUCCUCCUCAGACUGCAGAAGAUGUUGUCAUCUCAGAACCAGCAGCCACUAUCGGAGCAGAAGCUUCAAAUCACACAUCUUCAGCUCCACCAAAACCAGAAAGCUUAGGCAAAGGACCUUCUCCAGUUCCAGAAAUCAGUUCAAUUCCGCCUCCGCCUACUGGCGAAUCUCCUUCAGCAUCCAGUGAAAACGAUCGAGUUCAAACUCCACCGGUUCCAGAAAUCAGCUCUAUUCCACCUCCGCCUUCAGAAGACACACCGAUGCCAAAUCCUGAUGGUGCUCCAACAGCUCCAUCGAUUUCCUCUCUCCCGCCACCUCCAGAUCAACCGACCAUCAUAUCUGCUUCCUCGGUACCUUCGCCAAAGUCUCCGCCACCACCACCGCCACCAAAGACAUCGACACCAUUAGCCAGUCGACGAAUAAUCAUUCCGACUCCGCAAUUGGUCGAAUUAAUUCAAACUGAGGAUUCGAAGAGAAGCAAAAGCCCGACAAGACCACAAUCGCCGGCCGUUCCAAAGAAGCCGGUUGUCAGCUCGCUCGGCCUUCUUUGCGAUCCAGAUCUUUCGAUUGAGAAGCCGAUGACGUCACCAAAUUCACAGACUUCGCAGCCCAUUAUCGCACCAACUCCAAUCGCCACAAUAGAUGAAAAAGAGCUGAAUGAGGCGCUGGAGCGACGAGCAAAGAUUGUCGAAGGUGAAGCCGUUCCAAUCAAAAUGAACAAGAAAUUAUCAUUGUAUGCGGAAUUUUCGGAAUUCACCCGCAAACAGAUUCAAUAUUUCACCGAGACCUUCAAAAAGUAUGAUGAGGAUAAUGACAAUUUUAUUGAUUUCAACGAGUUGAAGCGAAUGAUGGAAAAGCUUGGAGAAGCUCAGACCCACAUCGCCCUUAAGGAACUGAUUAAAAAGGUCGACGAAGAUCAAGACGGAAAAAUUUCGCAGCGCGAGUUCUUGCUCAUUUUCCGCUUAGCGGCCAGCGGUGAGCUCUCAUGCUCCGAGGUUUUCAAAACGCUCGCCGAUAGCAUCGAUGUGACGAAAGAAGGCGUCCUUGGGGCGGCGAAUUUCUUUCAGGCGAAGAUUGAAGAGCAGACAAAAUUGUCGCGAUUCGAGGAGGAGAUGCUCCAAGAAAAAGAAGAAAGAAAGAGAAUCGAAGAGGAGAAGAAGGAGCGACGCGAGAAGUUCCUCGCAAGUCGCUCAAUCUUCCAUUGA